GAGAGCUUCAAGACGCAACGAGGCGCCGAAUAAAAAAAUGUUCGUGCAAACUCGUUAGCGUUCUGCGAAAUUACAUUUGCAAAUAUGAAUUGCACACGACUAGAGCUUUUCCCGCACGGUCUGAUCUUUGGUCUCUGCACGUUGCCCGAUGUAAAUGUUACGAAAGAGAGAGGAAAAAAAUGGCAGAAACGAGCGGAGAUGCAAACGAGUUGAGAGGAAUUAUUUGCUUUGGGGCACAUGAUUGAAUCUGGGCGAAAGGGAUUUUAGUGAAAGGUAGCCUCGCUCCUCCCUCUUGACUCCCCGCACGUAGGACAAUGUGUGGGUUUGCUGAAGGUUAGAGGUCGGUCUGGCAGCAACAGAGUGAUCGCCCAGACAUGGCGCAGCGCCGGGAUGCGGUGUUUGCCUUCGUGAUUUUCCUGCUGGCAGCGCCCGGAUCGGUCAACGGAGCUGGCCUUUACUCCCCGAACGACAACAUCGCCGUCCUGGACACCGACAACUUCGACCGCAUCCUGUACAACUGCAGCAACGCCUGGUUGGUGGAGUUCUACGCGUCCUGGUGCGGACACUGUGUCAACUUCGCUCCUGUGUGGAAGGCUCUGGCGAACGAUAUCAAAGAAUGGAGGCCUGCAGUGAGGCUGGCAGCUGUCAACUGUGCAAAUAGUAAGAAUGCAAAAAUCUGUCGAAGUUUUCGAGUGACCGUCUAUCCAACAAUAAAGUUCUUUCGAGCGUUUUCAAAACCGUUCUUCAAGGGAGAGAUGCUCAACGAUGCUGAUUCCAAGUCCACUUUAGUAUCUCUGCGCCAUCAUAUCAUUGACCUACUGGAGCAACAUGGAGAGACUGAGUGGCCCCCAGACUGUCCCCCGUUGGAACCAGCCAGCAUGGCAGAGGUCCAGAAUUUCUUUACUGACAACAAGGUUUGGUACUUGGCACUGAUUGUUGAAGAAGAGAGCUCCUACCUGGGUCGAGAGGUGACCCUGGAUAUGCUGCAGUAUGAGAACAUUGCUGUGCGCAGAGUUCUGAGCAGUGAGGAGAACCUCACCACAACGCUUGGUGUUCAGGAGAUCCCCUCUUGCUACCUGUACUUUGCCAACAACACCUUCAGAAGUGUCACAGUGAGAAUGCCAACCCGCACUUUCUACACCUAUUACUUACGCCGGUUACCAGGGGUGAUGCGUGCCAUUCAUGACCUGCCUGCACCAGACUCCACAAACAUUACUACUGCCGCACCAUGGAGAGACUUUGACAGUUCCAAAGUAUACAUGGCUGAUCUGGAGUCAGCGCUGUACUACUCUCUCAAAGUGGAGGUGGGAACACAUCAGGAGCUGUCUGGAAAGAACCUCACUGCCCUGAAACACUUCUUCAAUGUGCUCACAAAGUUCUUUCCUGGGCGACCCUUUGUCAUGAAGUUGCUUCAAAUCACUAACUCGUGGCUGGAAGAGGGUAACAUGGCACCAAUCUCCUACAAUGUUUAUAUUGAUGUGCUAAACAACAAGAAUGGGACCACUGGGGCCCUGUUGCCAGACGGACUGAACUGGGUAGGUUGCCAGGGCAGUAGGCCUCACUUCCGAGGUUACCCGUGCUCAAUGUGGACACUAUUUCACCUCUUGACGGUGCAGGCUGCAAAAUACAAUAAAUCGAUGGCUCACAGGCAAGAGACUACACAGGCCGACGCCCUGGAGGUGCUGUACGCCAUGAGACAGUAUGUCAAACACUUCUUUGCCUGUGGAUAUUGUGCCAAACAUUUUGAAGCCAUGGCGCAGGAGUCCAUGGACAGGGUCAGCAGCUUUGAUGAGGCUAUCUUGUGGCUGUGGUCUCGGCACAAUCGGGUGAACAGCCGGCUGGCAGGUGCACGAUCUGAAGAUCCAAAAUUUCCAAAGCUCCAAUGGCCACCUCCAGAUAUGUGUGCAAAAUGCCACAGUGCACGCAAUGGAGAGCAUGUGUGGAUUCGAGAUGAAGUGCUAACAUUUCUCAAGGCCCAUUAUUCUCCUCAGAACAUUGAUUACAGUUACCUGGAAGGGGAGCAGGAGCUACUGAGGAAACAGAAACCGAGGGAAGAAAUUCAGCAGGGCCACCAGAAGGAACUGCUAAAAGAAGAGGAGGAAGAAGAAGAAAAUGAAGAAGAAGAAAUGACGGAGGAGACACCAAGAAAUGUUGAGAUCUCCAAAACCGUAACAGGUAUAAGAAGGGAAGGGAGUCAAAAGAGGACUUUCAUUAAGGGAAAGCAAAUUCCCAGGAGGCAAGAAGAUGAUAUUGUGGACUUAGACUCAUUUGUGAAUGAGCAGUACAAAAGCCAAGCUUUGAAGCAGAGGGCUGAAAAUCAGAGGGAGAGCCAAGUGAAUGAGGGACUCCGUAGAUCACAGCUACACCUACAGUCCAUUGAUGACUCUGAGUCACUUGACCGUGCCGUGCUUCAGUCGAGAUUGCAGAAACGAGCAAUUGAGAGUAGGCAUCUUGGAGCUAUAGCCAGGCCUCAUUGGCUGACCAUGCUGGGAAAGAGCCUGUCCCGUACAGAUAUUAGCCUUUGUGUGCUGCUGUAUGUCCUGUCCUCUCUGUGCCUGCUGUCCAUGUAUCUCUAUUUCAAAAUGAGGUUUCGUUGGCGGAAAUGGAAAAGCGGUUUUGCAUCCGCUUGAUUAGGAAUAGCGUGUAGCAUGGAAAGAAAUGAUGGAAUGAAUGCAUGGACUAUGUAGGCCACAGGGUGUGAAAUAACUUUUGUUUUUUUUCUCUCCUCAGAUUAACUCUAUGUAGAUGAAGAAGUCCUUGACAUAGAAACAAUUUGGAAUAUCACUUACCUGUAUUUGGGGUGAACACAUUUUCUUUGGAUCUCUUAUACCAUUAUGGUCACAUGAUUACACAAUAAGGAACACUAGAUUUAGCAGAUUGCAGCUAAUUUCUGUUAUCCAGCUUUUUUAAAGAAAAAUCCAUAUCUGAAUGUCUGGCUCUCCAAAAAUGUCCCACUUUUCUUGGAAAGGACUCCUGUUGAGAAAGAAAUUGAGUACACUUGACUUAGUGCAAUGCAUAGCUGCUAUAAAUUCACCAAAAUUGACUUUGAUAAGCAUCUUACAUGAAAGUUGAACAUAACAAAGGUCUGUCAGACUAUGGUCAGUAUCCAUGUUUCCAGGCCUGCUCAAUCACUGGGGGAAAGUUGAGGACGAAUGGGAAACUGACCACACUUUUCCCUACAAAUAUCUUUUCAAGUGAAUACCUUUGAAACAUUCCUGGAGCGCGAACCAUGAUCCCUUCUUAGAAAUAAUCUUGUUCAAUGGCAUGACGAAGUGGGCAGAUGCUCCCAAUUAAGUAGCAUGUUUUUACACCACUAAGUUCUUAUCUUGGGAGACCCUUUCAUGAGAGAAGCUCAAUUAGGAGGCUAAAACGUUACCAAGUGCAAAUAAUUUGCUUGCAGAUUAGAACGCCAGAUGGAUAUUAAUCUCCCAGUUUGUGUUUGUGAGGGGUGGGGAGGGGGUGCCUUUCCUUCUUUCUCAAGUUGGAGCUGGAAAUCUUUAAGUGGUCAUUGGCAACAAACUGAAGUUGAAUGAAAUUUCGGGCCUUCAGGUAGAGCAAUAAAGAGCGAUGUUAUUUUGUUGAUAUUGGUUUUUGAGAGGAUGUGACAGCAAUCUGACCGAGACUGCAACACUUCCAGGUAUGUUGCCCUGAGACGGCAAUUGCCAUAUAGUAGGAGAGAAGACGUAGGAGUAACUAUUAUUUUCCCCACAUCUGUUAUCAGGAUGUCAGGCAUGGAUCAAGGCUCUUGUCUCGACAUCUCUAAGAUUGUCAAUUCAAGUUCCCCUCCAAAGACUUGGGCACAUAAUCCAGGUUGAAAAUUCAGUGCAGUGCAGCACUGUCAGAGGGAUUUUAUUUCAGGCUUCACAGGUUGAACUGAAGUCCCGUCUGCCCUCCAAAGAUCAAUGUAAUAUGCUCCAUUACUAUAUUCAAGAAAGUGCAGUGAAAAUCUACCUGACCAACAGGAAUACAUAUGAUACAGUCACAGGUAACUGCUUGUUGCAUUAACGUUAUCUGUGGGACCAUGCAGAAUGUAAAUUUGGUUGUCAGGUGUCGUAUGUUUAGAAGAAAGGUUUUACUUAAAAUGAAAAUGUUGUCGGCCAUGAACGCUUUGACAAGUUCUGAGGUUCUGAAAGGUAUUCCUAAAGUUCUUCUGACAGAAGCAGUAGUUCGGUCAUAAAUGAUGAUGUUGGGUUUGGUAUUUUGAAAAUGAUUUUGCUGAAUGCUUUUUCAGUGCAGAGUGUAUAUAUUUCAGGGCACGAGCAAGUUGAGGGUGCGACCCCCAACCCUGUCAGGUAUUCUUAGAGCAGCAGCAAACAUCUACAAAUCGACAACACAAUCCGAAGAUCCUUUCCCUUUUGUUGCAGCUUCAAGUGACAGAGGUCGUUGUAUUCCUAUUUGAAUGCUAAGCUACUGCUGCAGGUAUUGGGACUGAACGAAAAUGCCAGUGCAUCUGUGAGAUAGGAGAAGGAGCGUACCUCCCAAACCAGGAUCUCCUGUUCAUCUUCCAGAGAUCACUUAUUGAUUGUGCCAUUACUUCUUUCACAAUGGCCAAUGCAUUUGAAAACAAGUCUGACAUCUGCCAAAGCCACCGCUAUCAUUUCUUCAUGUCACUAAUAUAUCAAGGCAGCGCAUCAGCCUCACUUGCCUGCCUGAGAGAUACACAGUUUUGAUUUUAGUUCUUAAAUGUUGAACAUCAAGGGAGAGGCACAAAUUAAGGUGUUGGAUUUAUACUUUAAAAUAAAAAUGAUUAAUUCUUUCUUC